AUGCCCGCUCCACUGGCGACAUUUACCAAAACCAAAUGGUUGACGUUCUUUGCUGAGCUUACCGCAAAGAUUACGCACCACAACUUACUUGUUGUACUAGAGGGAUGUGAAUUAGUAAAACGGCUUCUUGUUUCCCGCGUCUCUGUUGCGGCAUUCCUUGAGGAGGGAAACUUCUUGUUGUUAUUGGUUGACUCACUGGUUGGUAAUAUGCUUAAUAAUGAACCUUUCGAAGUGAAUGUUCCGAUAGGGACAAAUGAAAAGCUAAUAUUCACUCAACUUGAAACACUGUCCCUAUUUGUCGAUAUGAUGGUUGCACUCCACGCAGACAGUGACCCUUAUUACUGCCUUCUAGUGCAGGCGCGCGCGGGUGUUCUGUUGGGAACUCUCGUUAGUCUUCUUCGGCGACAACAAUCUAAUUUCUUUGGCAUCAUUGCGAUAAUGGUGAAGGCACUACUUGACAUACCUUUGGGACGAGCGGUGACGCAGUCACAAACAUGUGGGGCUCCUUCCGUUGCGCUUGCGUGUCAUCUACAACAACUACAGACAUCAAUCGAGGGGCACAUGGAAAUUCUUCAAGAGUCUUCGGAAAUUCUGAAGGGGCUUAGUACGACCCCGAAUCUCGUUAUGCGUCACUGUGCUCAGCUUCUGUUUAACCUGGUAUCCAAACAACUUAAGCGCAUACGACGAAUAGAAGGGGGAAAAGUUUUUGCUGAAGGCAAUACAGGAACAGAUGGUGAUAGCCGCUUGGGAUGUGGUGCACAUGUUCGUGAUGAAACGGUUGUGGAAAGUCCUUUCACGGGUCACUGUGCGCAAACCACUGCCAAUUACGGCUCAGCGUUCGACCCUAGCGGAUCUGCUCCUUCUCCCGGUAUUUCUGCAGAUGGCACCAAACUGUCAAUUAGCAGAGAAGAUACUGAAGAAACAAUUGUCACUGAGGAAGCCGACGUUUGUGUACCAUCUGAGGAGUAUACUGAAUGCUUUGAGCAACUAGCGAGAAGCCGUUCACAUGGCGAAUAUUUGUGUGGGAUGAAUUCCUUGUGGUGCCUGACUGUUGUUGGGGGGACUGAGCUGCAGCGUCACUUCACAACUGCAUGCUUUGAGAAAGCUUUCAGGCGUUUCCUUCAAACAAUGCCAGCAAACAACCAGGACCACAUUGUAUUUUCAUCUAUUUUGCUCUGGCUGUCGCACAUGAUGUCAAAUCACCACAUUUGUGACGAAACGCGUGAGUGCAUCUUUUCCCUUGCCUGCCCGGCGCUCAUCGAACUUGUGCUAGAGGAUAUUCGUUCCGACGAACCACCAGGAGAACGAGAAGAUAACAGUACUGUGACCAAUUCAUUUCCUCACACAUCAACAGACAACAUAGAUGUUUCAUCCUUUUUAUCUGCGGGAUCAUUUAUGCGGUAUUCGUCAAUCCACUCGGCACCGUCUACUGUUAGGGCAUCCUGCACCAAACUAGCAGAGCGCCCAUCCGCGUCAUUUCUUAUUCUAUCAUUUCUUCUUAUCACUGAACGCAGUUGUGGCCAGCGGGUUUUGGAGCGUUGGGUGCGUCAUGUUGGGUUGUUUGCUAUGAUUGAAAAACUUAUUCGACGAGUGGCGCAUGUAAAGUCGGUACUCGUUGACACCCCUACAACAACGGAUGGUGUUCUAUCUGAUGAAGUUUACCUUUCUUGUGCUAUGAACACAUCGCGAACAGAACACGUUGCAUUAGGUGCACUUGCUUGCAAACUAUUAUCGUCGAUUGCAUGGAAUCAUGGACCCGUUAUAGGUAAACAACUUGCUUCGGAGACUUCCCGUAUGCUGCAGACAAUUAUACCGCUGCUUCUGCAAAUUGCCGUACACAAUCCGACACUGACAUCUGCUGUGGAGAACGUUUCAGGAUCUGCUUUACACUACCUGCCUACCAGCCAACGCUCAGCCCGCUAUACUUCUCUUGGUGAAUGCAGUCUCGUUGCACUGGAUGCUUGUUUCUGGGUUAUGGAAACUGCACAGCUGAGUGCAGUGUCGUUAGAAAGUGUUAUUCCCAAUCUACAGGCCCUCUCUAGGGCAACUGGCAAUAGUAUUCAUCCAGCACUUCGUGCCGCUCCAUACCGAGCCGUAGCCCGACUGUGCCAAUCAACGGACGAUGUAUUGCUGGUGGCGAGUGAAAUGCCUUCACUUCUCAAAGCUGCUGUGAAUAGUGUUCUGGAAUAUAGUGUAAAGGUGCCGCAGUGGGAAGCGGCCGCAGCGGCCGAAGGACUUAUACAUAUUGUUAACAAAACCUCCAGCGAUAUUAAUGUCGAGAAGAAGUUCAGUUUUAGUCGGUCCGCGCUCCCCGUAAAGCUAUUGGAACUUGCGGCUUUAAAUGGCAUAACGUACGCGACGGGAACCUUUCUUUCUCUGAUGGUCGUGUUGUUUGCGCAACAGAAACGUUUGGCUGAGCAUGCUGAUGAGGAACCACUAAGCUGCGUUCUUCUCCCGUGUGGGAGGGCGUCGCUAGAGUACUGGUCGAAGCUUAUUAAUAUAGCAACAUGGAGCGGUGAGAGGCUGUUGGUUGCACACAAGAAGGUUAUUCCUGCUUCGCCGGUAACAAAGGAUGCACAAUCGCGUGCUCUAGGUAGCAUUGAGGGAAUAGCUGUUCAGUUUUACUUUGUAUCAGCGCUAUCGCGCGCACUACAGUUUCUUCUCGGUGCAUAUCCCGAAUACAGGAGCCAUUUUUCAGAGGACGUUGUGUGGCUUUUUUUUACCAGCACCUUUGCUCUCCCGUCGCCGAGAGAGGUGUUUCAAAUGCUAUUUGUGCGAUUCGGUGUUAAAGUGAGCCAUCACAACUCUAUCGAGCGUGCGUACGAGUGUAUGCUGCAGUGGACGAUUGAACUCUUUUUGUUUUGGGUUGGGGACGUAGGAAUCGGUGUCGGCACCAACAGCAAAAGAAAGUCACAAAAACUUGCUUCACUACCAUCGAAGCUCUUUGACUCUCUAUGUGGCAUUAUGCAAAACGCCAAGGUAUCCCAACAAACACGUGCUAACGUGUGUGGUCUUGUAUCCGCCAUCAUAAUCCGUACGGGCAGUGGAGAUGCGGCCUCCACAACUGGUUCUUCGUCAGCAUGCGCGUCGUUAGCAAUAUUAAGGGAGACUCUCUACAAAACCCUGGAUGCUUUCAGUGCCAAACUGUUUAGUGCCUCAAUUAACCUUGGAACUUCCUCCUGCGUCAGUGGCAUGCAGUGCCGUUUGGUCAGCCUCUUUGCAGGAGCCAACGAGCGGGCUCGGCAAUGUGGGUGGUUCGAGGAAAGGUUGGCGGAGCUCAACAAGAGAAUGAGGGAGCUCAAGGAGAAGCACGGUGUACUCAGCGCUCAUGAACUCGACUCACUGCUGGUUUUGUUUUCGUCUGUUUUUAGUGUUAUCGCCUAUCCAAAAUGCCCGGCAUUAUCCCAGAAGUUACAGCAACAACUGUGUUUGUCGCUACAUGGUGCGGUGGGGUACGGAACUACGCGGCGCGCUGCUUUUCAAACGGCACUGGCUCUCACUCGAAGCGAAGAAGGCCGACGCUUUCUUCUACAGGAAGUAACGGCCUGUGGGGAUCCCCUUGUGCGUACCUGCUUUGGUCGUCUUUUGAUGGUUACACUGGAUCUCGCGGAUGACAUCGAGCCAUCAUACAGGAGGAAGCACUAUGGUAGCAAAAACAAAGCACAGAAUGCCACUAUCAUUGAGAGAGAAGCUAAUAGAACACUGGUCAAAACACUAGGUUUCGAGGUAUGCGCAACUGCCUGUGCUGAAGGUUGUGAGGCUUUCACAAAUGGAGUUUUAAAAUCAAAGGGGGUCGAGCGUGUGGAAGGCCUUUUCUUGAAGUGUGAACAGGAGCGCAUAGAAGUUCCUCUGAGCGUUCACCGUCUUAUUGCGGCUAUAUCCUUUCACGCGGAUGCUCAGUUAGCCAUUAUCCGAAGGAAAGAAUUGAUGACACUGCUCGUAGAAUGGGCUGGUGAACUUAGCGUGGCGGGAACCCUUGCGUUAUUGACGCUCCGUAACUUAUGCUUCAAUCCGUCGUUGAAGGCACAACUAUGCCAAAACGAUCGCAUUCUUCAACUUUUCAAGCAGUUCGUCUGUAUGCCAGUAGCUCCACAGCCUCUUCAAGCACUGCAACCGGACAAUAACAGUAGUGAGUUUGAUGCCCAUCACACGGAUAUUGCUUCGCGGAGUCAGCAAAACUCUGGCACUGGAGGAACACGAUUAGAACGGCACAAAAAGGGAGGGAUCGUCUCAACGACAACAGCAACGGCGUCUUGUCAGGCAGAUAAUUUGUCUAUCUUGAGGUGUAAAGAACUGGCAGUAACAGGUUAUUGGGCUCUCAUGUAUGACAAUCAGCGAGGUAAGUCUCAUGUGCGCAACGUUCUUAGCCAAGCUCCUGCAGUAAAAAUCAACAGCGUCGUGGCGGCGCUGGACCAGUUAUGUGUGGAGCCGAGCGAGCGUGCCUGUGUUGAACAUGUUAUGGAGGCCGUUGGUAACAUGAAGGCGUUAGGAAGGAGUGUAUCAUAG